AUGAAUGGGAGACGCCAUAGGUGGAAUGAGAAGGGGUGGCCACCUGCAAGGACACUCCGACGAUCAAGUCAGUAUCCGUACGAGGUGAUAGCCGAAUUAGAUAAUCUUUCAGAGGACAUAUCAAAGAGAGAACUGUUUCAACUCUUUAGUUGGGCUGGUCACAUAAAUGACAUAUACCUAUCGAGAAAACAGAAGAGUGGUAGUCUUUACAUCUUUGCGUUCAUACGGUACACAACGAAAGGAGGAGCCUUGAAAGCUAUAACAGAAAUGAAUCGAAUGAGGGUGAGAGGCAAGGUCAUCUUCGUAGAGGAAGCUAAAUACAGGAGAGUGUCUGAGGUAAAGAGCACGGACAAAGUGCAGCCACGGGGUGACAAUAAAACUGCCACGGAUCGUCAGAGGCCACUAGAAAGAGAAGCAAACCGGAAAAUCCCAACUAUCUCCUCUAAAGAAUUGGCAAAGGAGAAAACAGUCCAGGACCCGCAUGGGAAUGGGUGGACGAAGAAGGUGGAGGUGGCUGUGGCAAAAGAAAAUUUGGACUGGCUAUAA